AUGAGGUUUUCUUCACUCGCAACGCUAUCAACUAUCGCCGCGCUCUCCGCGUCGGUCGCAGCCCAGCGCGCUCCGAUCGUGGCUCGCAAUAGCUCGGACGGCUCCUCGCUCGUGUUCAAGAUCCUCCAAUUGACAGACUUGCACAUAUCCGGCAUCCCGACCGUUGGCUGCGGCACUAGCGUACCGACGGGCAUGUCGAGCGAGAACUGCUCCGAGGCGCUCACGUACCAAUUCGUGGAGCAGUUGCUGGACGUGGAGGAGCCCGACUUCAUUGCGUUCACGGGCGACAACGUGCAGGUGUACGGCCCCAGCUCGCAGCAACGGGCUAUCGACGCCGUGACCAAAGCCGCCGAGGAGCGCGGUAUCCCGUACGGGAUGGUGUUCGGCAACCAUGACCAGGAGGGCGAGUUCCCGAGGGAGAAGAUCGUCGAGAUGGUCUCGGAGAAGAACCACUCGUACACUGUGAGCGGUCCCGAGACAGUGGACGGUGUCGGCAACUACAUGCUCAACGUGACGGCGCCGCUUGACGGGGCGUGGGGGGACACUGGGGACAGCGUCUUCCGGAUGUACUUCCUGGACUCGGGUGCCGACGCGUUGACGGACAAGUACCCGUACGUGUUUUCCCAGUACGACUGGAUCAAGCAGAGCCAGAUCGACUACUACCGACAGCUAUCGGAGACCGGACGCGCGGAGCGACACAGCACGUCGGACUCGGUGCUGCCUGCAGUCAUGUUCUUCCACAUCCCCCUGGUGGAGUUCGCGUACUCGGACGACGGCUGUAACGGAGAGAAGAACGAGUGGGUGCACGACCAAGGCAUGAAUCUGCGCCUCCUCUCGACUUUGACGGAGAUGAACGAGGUCAAGGCGGCGUUCGUGGGACACGACCAUAUCAACGAGUACUGCUGUCUCGUGGACGGCGUGCAGCUCUGCUACGGAGGCGGCACCGGCUUUGGACGCGCGUACGGAGCGUCCGACUUCUCUCGGCGAGCUCGCGUCAUCGAGUGGACGGUGGAUAGCGAUGAGCGACACGAGAUUCGCAGUUGGAAGCGGUACUUUGAUGACAUCGGCGUCAAACGUAGCGAGGAGGUCCUGUAUUCAGAACUGUAG